GGAGGGGAGGUGGGCGUGGAGGCAGGGCGGAGGCAGAGGCUGGGCGCGGGGGCCAGUUGCAGUCCACUUUCACAAUGGGAAAGUGAGCCGCUCCAGCGCACCCACCUCUCCAGCCUCCCGCCCGCAGCUCCCGCCCGCCCUCGUCUCCCCUCCCCUCCCCUCCCCUCCCCGCCCUGCCCUCCCCGCCCGCGAGCACCAGCCCCAGCUCUGCACGGAGGAACUCUCGGGAGAAGGCGGGCCGGGAGGAAGCGCCACCGCCGCCGCCGCCGCCACCACCGCCACCGCCACCGCCGCACAGGCAGCCGGAGCGAGCCCGCCGCGCCCCCCGCGCCCCGCGCCCCCAGAGCCCCGCGCCCCGCGCCCCGGCGAGCUGCGGGCAUGGGGCGGCCGCGGGAGCCCGAGCGCGCGCAGGAGCCGCCGCCGCCCGCGCCUCCGUGCGGGUCUCCGCGCGCCUGAGCCGCCCAGCCGCCGCGCGCCCUGCCGGGGCGGCCCCGCCAGCCGCAUGGAGGUCUCCCGGAGGAAGGCGCCGCCGCGCCCGCAGCGCCCGCCGCGCCCCGCCGCGCCGCUGCCCCUGCUCGCCUAUCUGCUGGCGCUGGCGGCGCCCGGCCGGGGCGCGGACGAGCCGGUGUGGCGGUCGGAGCAAGCCAUCGGAGCCAUCGCGGCGAGCCGGGCGGACGGCGUGUUCGUGGCGAGCGGCAGCUGCCUGGACCAGCUGGACUACAGCCUGCAGCGCCGCCUCUCGCGCCUGUACCGCGCCCGCGCCGGCAACUGCUCCGAGCCCGUGCCCCUGGCGCCCCCCGAGCGGCCGCGGCCCGGCAGCAGCUUCAGCAAACUGCUGCUGCCCUACCGCGAGGGGGCGGCCGGCCCGGGGGGGCUGCUGCUCACCGGCUGGACCUUCGACCGCGGCGCCUGCGAGGUGCGGCCCCUGGGCAGCCUGAGCCGCGGCUCCCUGCGCAACGGCACCGAGGUGGUGUCGUGCCACCCGCAGGGCUCCACGGCCGGCGUGGUGUACCGCGACGCCGCCGACGGCCGCUGGUACCUGGCGGUGGCCGCCACCUACGUGCUGCCCGAGCCCGACACGGCCAGCCGCUGCAACCCGGCGGCGUCCGACCGCGACACGGCCAUCGCGCUCAAGGACACGGAGGGCCGCAGCCUGGCCACCACGGAGCUGGGCCGCCUCAAGCUGCGCGAGGGCGGCGGCAGCCUGCACUUCGUGGACGCCUUUCUCUGGAACGGCAGCGUGUACUUCCCCUACUUCCCCUACAACUACUCGAGCGGCGCCGCCACCGGCCGGCCCGGCAUGGCGCGCGUGGCGCAGAGCUCCGAGGUGCUGCGCUUCCAGGGCCAAGUGGCCCUCGCCUGCGGCCACGGCCACCCCGACGGCCGCCGCCUGCUGCUGUCCUCCAGCCUGGUGGAGGCGCGGGACGUCUGGGCGGGCGUGUUCAGCGCGGCCACCGAGGAGGGCGGGCGGAGGCGCUCGCCGGCCACCACGGCGCUGUGCCUCUUCAGGAUGCGGGAGAUCCAGGCGCGCGCGCGGAGCUGCAGCUGGGACUUCCAGGGCACCGACCCCGACUGCAAAAACGGGGAUCGACCUGAAAGAGUGGAACCAAUUGCAUCCGCUACCCUGAUCCACUCGGACCUGACAUCCGUUUACGGCACUGUGGUUAUGAACAGGACCGUCUUGUUCUUGGGGACUGGAGAUGGCCAGUUACUUAAGGUUAUUCUUGGUGAAAAUCUGACUUCAAAUUGUCCUGAGGUUAUCUAUGAAAUUAAAGAAGAAACACCUGUUUUCUACAAACUUGUUCCUCACCCUGAGAAGAAUAUCUACAUCUACUUAACAGCUGGGAAGGAGGUGAGGAGGGUCCUGGUGGCAAACUGCGGCAAGCACCAGUCUUGCUCGGAGUGUCUGGCAGCGGGGGACCCUCACUGCGGCUGGUGCCACUCGGUGCAAAGGUGUACUUUUAAAGAAGAUUGUAUACAUCCACAAAACUGGCUGGACAUUUCUUCUGGAGCUAAAGCUUGCCCUCAGAUUGACCUGUUUCGAAGAAGUAAAGAUAAGACGACGGUAGCUGUGGCGGGGAGCUUUCCAGCAAGACAGUCGGAGUGCCUGGUGAAGGACGUGGGCUCUGGCAGGGAGCUGUGCCGGGGGAGAAGCCCACCAAACGGGACCUGCACCUGCAGCGUCCCCAUCACCAGACCAUCCUACAGAGACUUGUCCGUUAUCCACGUGACCUUCUCCUUCGGUUCUUGGAACCUGUCAAAAAGAUUCGACUUCACUAACUGCUCGUCAUUAAGAGAGUGCCCAGCAUGUAUUGGAACUGGCUGCGCUUGGUGUCAAAGUGAGACGAAAUGUAUCCACCCCUUCACAGCUUGCGAACCUUCUGAUUACAAGAGAAGCCAGGAGCUCUGUCCAGCUGCCACAGAGAAGCAGGCACCAGCCAAGACUCCAGGAGGGGGAAGGUCCAAAGAGAGUAGGGGUAACAGAACCAACCAGGACUUGCAGGUCUUCUCCGUUAAGUCCAUUGAGCCACGGAAAAUAUCAACCUUAGGAAAAAGCAAUGUGAUAGUCACAGGAGCCAACUUCACCCAGGCAUCUCACAUCACCAUGGUCCUGAAAGGCACCAGCACUUGUGAUCAGGAUGUUAUUCAGGUGAGCCAUGUGCUGAAUGACACCCAUAUGAAAUUCUCUCUUCCAUUGAGCCGAAAGGAAAUGAAGGCCGUGUGCAUCCAGUUUGACGGAGGGGACUGCUCUUCUGCGGGAGCCUUGUCUUACAUCGCUCUGCCACGCUGCUCCCUUAUUUUCCCCGCCACCACCUGGAUCAGUGGUGGCCAGAACAUCACCAUCAUGGGCAGAAACUUUGACGUGAUUGACAACUUGGUCAUCUCACACGAGUCCAAAGGAAACAUCAAUGUGUCUGAAUAUUGUGUGGAGACCUACUGCAGAUUUCCAGCCCCCAGUUUGAAGAGUUCAAAGGCACACACAAACGUCACAGUGAAGCUAAGAGUUCAGGAGACCUAUCUGGACUGUGGCAACCUGCAGUACCUUGAGGAUCCCAGGUUCACAGGCUAUCGGGUCGACCCUGAGGUGGACACCGAGCUGGAAGUGAAAAUCCAGAAAGAAAAUGAUAACUUCAACAUUUCCAAGAAAGACAUCGAAAUUACUCUCUUCCAUGGGGAAAAUAGGCAGUUAAAUUGCAGUUUUGAAAACAUUACUAGAAAUCAAGAUCUUACCACCAUCUUCUGCAAAAUUAAAGGCAUCACGACCGCCAACAGCAUAGCCACUUCUUCCAAGAAAGUGCGCGUAAAGAACCAGAGAGGUCGGCUUUCGUUUCCCCAAGCUAACACACCCGCCUGGUGCUGCUCUCUGUCUGUCUCCCCAGCCGCUGUGGUGGUGACCAGACACAAGUCCAAGGAGCUGAAUCGAAAGCAGAGCCAGCAGCUAGAGCUCCUGGAGAGCGAGCUGCGGAAGGAAAUCCGUGAUGGCUUUGCAGAGCUGCAGAUGGAUAAAUUGGAUGUGGUUGAUAGUUUUGGAACUGUUCCCUUCCUUGACUACAAACACUUUGCUCUGAGAACUUUCUUCCCGGAGUCAGGCGGCUUCACACACAUCUUCACUGAAGAUACGCAUAAUAGAGAUGCCAGUGACAAGAAUGAAAGUCUCACAGCUUUGGAUGCUCUGAUUUGUAAUAAAAGUUUCCUUGUUACUGUCAUCCACACCCUUGAAAAACAGAAGAACUUUUCGGUGAAGGACAGGUGUCUGUUUGCUUCCUUCUUAACCAUCGCCCUGCAAACCAAGCUGGUCUACCUGACCAGCAUCCUGGAGGUUCUGACCAGGGACCUGAUGGAACAGUGCAGCAACUUGCAGCCGAAACUCAUGCUGAGGCGCACGGAGUCUGUGGUGGAGAAGCUGCUGACUAACUGGAUGUCUGUCUGCCUCUCCGGGUUCCUUCGGGAGACGGUCGGCGAGCCCUUCUACCUGCUGGUGACGACUCUGAACCAGAAGAUCAACAAGGGCCCCGUGGAUGUCAUCACCUGCAAGGCCUUGUACACCCUGAACGAGGACUGGCUGCUGUGGCAGGUCCCAGAAUUCAGCACGGUGGCACUAAACGUUGUCUUUGAGAAGAUCCCAGAAAACGAGAGUGCAGACGUCUGUCGGAGUAUCUCGGUCAACGUUCUGGACUGCGAUACCAUCGGCCAAGCCAAAGAGAAGAUCUUCCAGGCCUUCCUGAGCAAGAACGGCUCUCCCUACGGACUGCAGCUGAAUGAAAUCGGUCUCGAGCUCCAGGUAGGCACCCGUCAAAAAGAACUUCUGGAUAUUGACGGCUCUUCGGUGAUUCUGGAAGAUGGGGUAACUAAGCUGAACACCAUCGGCCACUAUGAGAUAUCAAAUGGAUCAACUAUAAAAGUCUUUAAGAAGAUAGCAAACUUCACUUCAGAAGUGGAGUACUCCGACGACCACUGCCACCUGAUCUUGCCAGACUCAGAAGCAUUCCAGGACGUGCAGGGAAAGAGACAUCGUGGGAAGCACAAGUUCAAGGUGAAGGAGAUGUAUCUGACGAAGCUGCUGUCGACUAAGGUGGCAAUUCAUUCCGUGCUUGAGAAGCUUUUCAGAAGCAUCUGGAGUUUACCCAACAGCAGAGCCCCGUUUGCUAUCAAAUACUUUUUCGACUUUUUGGAUGCCCAGGCGGAAAGCAAAAAAAUCACGGACCCUGAGGUCGUGCAUAUUUGGAAAACUAACAGCCUUCCUCUUCGUUUCUGGGUAAACAUCCUGAAGAACCCUCAGUUUGUCUUUGACAUCAAGAAGACACCACACAUAGAUGGCUGUCUGUCAGUGAUCGCCCAGGCGUUCAUGGACGCGUUUUCUCUCACAGAGCAGCAGCUCGGGAAGGAAGCACCAACUAAUAAACUACUUUAUGCUAAGGACAUUCCGACCUACAAAGAAGAAGUCAAAUCUUACUACAAAGCAAUCAGGGAUCAGCCUCCAUUGUCAUCUUCAGAAAUGGAAGAAUUCUUGACUCAGGAAUCUAAGAAACACGAAAAUGAAUUUAAUGAAGAAGUGGCCUUGACAGAAAUCUACAAAUACAUCGUAAAGUAUUUUGAUGAGAUUCUAAACAAACUAGAAAGAGAACGAGGGCUGGAAGAAGCACAGAAACAACUCUUGCAUGUGAAAGUUUUAUUUGACGAAAAGAAGAAAUGCAAGUGGAUGUAAGUGCCCUGGGCCCCGGCUCAGGCUGGCAAAGUCCCUCAGACGGCUUGGGAGCAGAGCCGCUCCUGGAGCUACUCAUGUCGUUAAAGGUUUUAAGUUUGCACAUAGGUUCCACUUUGAGCACCGUCUUUCCAGAGGCCAGGGCACACGCACAGCUUUCCAAAAGCGACCUACCACUGUGCCUGUGCACAUUGUGGGCACCCUUCUGUAAAGCGAGCUGGGGUGGUUGAUGCAAACAGCCUCCUUGUUUACAGAGAACAGGGCCAGUAACAAGUGUCAGUAUUGGGCUAGUCUCCACUUAAGCACAAUGAUAGAAGUGGUUUAGUUGGGAAAGGACAGCUCGGUAGCACUCGUGACUACACCGCACGUCUGCAGAAAAGGGACACUGCCGAUGAUCGUGAAACGAUCAUCGUGACGUCGUGAAACGAGGCAUCUGGAAACAAGGUGGGGGUGUUAGGGCAGCCUCCAGGUUCCCGGCAUUGAAACUUGCCCCAGGAGUUCUUGGAAAGGCUGGCGGCAGAAUUUGGUAGUGUGUACAUUUAGCAUUUGUGAGUGUGUGUCUGUGUUUUUAAACCAAAAACUAACAGUGUUGCAACAUUGUUGAAAGGGCUCGUGUUUUUUCAGUGAUAACUGCACUCCACCAGACACUCCAUGUCCCCCGGGGGCUCUAAAGCAAGGAGAAGGAAGUAGGCUUUAUUUCAGUGCAACAGCAUUGGACUCCGGACACUGUCCUCAAUCUGUGUUCCUUUUGCAUUUUAUUUUUUCAUACUUAAUGUG